AUCGUUUUUUAAAAGCAUUAAUAUUAAUUCGAUGUGAAUGUUAGUGUAUUUUAUUAUCAUUUUUAUUGAAUAUGAAAUAUUAUUUUAUUUUAAAGUUUAUUAAUAUGGUUUAAAAUGUAUAAAUAUUAAUUAUAAUUAUUAAUUUGUAACCCGUUAAGUAAUUAUGUAAAUAAUAAUUAUCAUUAACUCGCGGUUCUAACUUCUAACAUAGAUGAUUUAACACUGAGCACCCCUGGUUGUUUUGUUUAUAUUUUGCCAUUAUCAUUUUUUAUUAGUCAUCUUAAUCAAAUUUCCUUUUGAAUAACUACUAUUUAGUAUUUACCAUUAAAUAAUUUAAAAGUUUUUUAAACAUAAUUCUUUUUUUGUAUCGCCGUUGAAUGAUCUUUAUAUAUUUUGUUACUGAAUAAUUUUAUUUUUGAUUUUUAUUAUUAUGAAAUCCACUGUACUAUCAUGCUUUAUAUUAGUUGUUUUAGGAUUUUCAUUCUUACAUAAAGUAAGUGGAAUCCAAUGCUAUCAGUGUUCUACAAGCAGCGAUCCAAAAGGAUCUGAUAAUUGUGGUGCAUACGAAAAAUUCCACAAGGAUCGCCAUGUCUCGGUUGAAUGCACUAGUGAUGAAUCUCAUACGCCAGGCACAUUUUGUGUUAAAGUAACCAAACAAGGUCUUAGAGGAUUUAUAUGGGAUGGUCGUUGGAGAAAUGUGAUCCGCCGUUGUGGGUCAGUUUCAGAUACUGGUGUAACUGGUGUAUGCAACUGGGGAGUUGAAUGGAAUGGAGUUUAUUGGGAAGAAUGUUAUUGUUCUGAAGAUAACUGUAAUUCGUCUACCAAUAUUACACCAUUAUCUAUCAUAACAACCACACUGUGUUCAUUAAUUACUAUGUUUAUAUUAAGAAAUUGAUCUAUACUUAUUUGUAAGCUGAUAACGAAUUCCGUCCAAACUUUUUAGUAUGUUUAUCACUAUAUUUUUUUUAUACAUUUUAUAAUUCACUUAAUUAUUACUUUUAAUAAAUAAACUGUUAUAUUUUAUAAUACAAA